UCUCUCUCUCUCUCUCUCUCUCUCUCUCUCUCUCUACUAUAUUAGAAGAAAGGCUGGGAUCAAUAUUUGUCAAGCCUCCCCUUCCCUCCCAUCUUCAAAGACAAUACAGUGGAGAGAAAGAGACAUCAUCCAUCCAAUAUGAACCCAUCCGCCCGCAGUUUUUGUGGAACAAGUUGUUCUUAGCUGUUAUCUGACUUUCUCUGGUCCCUCCCUCAUCGGCCAAAUGCCCAAAACCCCAUACUUGUUCUUUGUCUCCAUUCAUUAUCUCCCAUAACAUUUCCUUCCCAACCUCAUCACCAACUCAGUUAAAACAACUGCUACUUGAACACGCAGCUAUAUCCUGCAGCUGCACUUCCAGAGAAAAUUAUUUUAAAGAGAUCAUGAAGAUCCGGUGCGACGUUUGUGACAAAGAAGAGGCAACUGUCUUCUGCUCUGCCGAUGAAGCCGCUCUUUGUGACGUCUGCGAUCGCCAAAUUCACCACGCAAACAAGCUUGCCAGCAAACACAAGCGCUUCUCUCUUCUCCACCCAACUUUCAAAGACUCCCCUCUUUGUGAUAUCUGUCAGGAAAGGCGAGCAUUUCUCUUUUGUCAAGAAGAUAGAGCAAUUCUCUGCAGGGAAUGUGACCUUUCGAUUCACAAAUCGAACGAACACACACAGAAACACAGCAGGUUUCUGCUCCCCGGUGUUAAGCUUUCUGCGGCUUCUUCUUUGUAUCCAUCUUCAUCAGCCUGCUCCAACUUCUCCGAAGUUAUGACCGCAAAAACUAAUGAUGCAAGAGCCUCAAAGUCAUCCACAAUAAGACAGAGAACAGUUUCGUCGAACGAAAUCUUGAGUUCUUCUUCUCCUUCGUUAAUGGAACAAACAAUGUCAUCUUCGUCAUACAAGAAGAUAGAAGAGAAUUAUUGUGUCAGUGACAAUGGUUCGGGUUCGACAAGCAGCAUAUCGGAGUACUUGAUGGAGACGCUGCCUGGGUGGCAUGUGGAAGACCUUCUUGAUUUUUCAUAUGAUCAUUCCAAUGCUUUCUGUGAGGUUGGAAGUGCAUAUUACCUCUAGAGGGGUUUUUUUUUCUUCCUCUUUUUUUUUUCGUUUUUGUUUUUUGUUUGAAAAAAGCAAUAGAAGGCCAUUUUGUUGGUGAUGUGUAUACUUGGCAAUUAUCAAGGCCAAUGUUGCUUAUGUUACUUGUGGGAUUUGCUGCCCUUAGUGAAGCAAGAUCUUCCGAACAACAUAAGGCUUUUUUUCCUCAUCAAAUGAUUUGGCCAUCUGGGCACUUGAAGCUUCA